UUGGAAAAAUAUCCUAUGCAUGGCAAUAUUCUUCCACCUCGUCUUAAACCCAAGCAAGAAUUCCGCGCAUGCCGAGAGAAAAUGGAAGGAAUAACUACAUUUAAAUCGGAUUAUCGUCCAUAUGAAGUAGUCAAACAGCCUUGCCGUGUACCAGAAGAAUAUAAACCCACAGGGAAGAUUGAUCUUGGUACCACCUAUAAACGGGAUUUUAAAUCUUAUAAAGUGCAGCCUGUGGCAAUAGUCCAGCCUUUGGAGAGAAAACAAGUUAUAAAAGGAAAGUUGGACACUGUCCCAACCUAUAAAGAUGAUUAUAGAGCUUGGGACAUUCAGAAAAGUGAGCUUUAUAAACCAGAACACGCUUAUCAUCCCCCUACCGUGAAAUUCGGAAAUGCCACCACAUUUCAGGAUGACUACGUUCCGCAGGAGCUAAAGCCAAGGCGAAGCUGUAAACCGUCCCCUGUGCCCAAACGGUCCACCGUCCCUUUCAAUGGCGAGACCAGUCACCGCCUUGACUAUGUACCACAUGAGCUAGAAUUCAAGAUUGCAAGGCCGAGAGAAGUUUACAAACCAACUGACCGGCCCUUUGAGGACCUCACAACUCAUCGGUGUGACUUUCAGGGUCUUGCUGGUGACAUGGCAAAAAUCUGCAAGCCCCCAUACACCAGAGUGACCCCGAACGCCCCCUUUGCAGGAAGCACGGAAUUCCGUGCAAGUUUUCAGGCCUGGGAAGUGCCAGCCCCUGGCGCGAAGAAGGCAGCAGAGUACGUGCCGCCCCCAGGAAGCAUGCAGUCACACAGCACGAGCCACCUCGACUACGUUCCGCAUCCAGCCAGCCGUGCCGCUCCCAUCAGACCAGGUGCUCCUAGGAGCAGCAGCCAUGUUCCCUUCCAAGGAAGAAGCACCACGAAGGAAGAUUUCCCAGCGUGGGAAAGCCGUCGUCCAGGCCUCGUGCAGCCGCAGCCGCAGAUCCCCGGCCCAUCUGGAAGAUUCGACGGCGUGAGCACCUUCAGAGCGCACUAUGUGCCGCAUGAGCUGAUCCCCACAGCGAGCUGCAAACCUCCCACGGUUGCUCUUCAGAGCGCUGCUCCCUUUGAUGACGCGACCACGUACUCCAUAGAGUACACCCCAAAGAAACAGGAAGUCUGCCCAGCUAGCUGCCCCUCUCCUCCAGGUUACGUGUUUGAAACUACAGAUCCGCAAGGUCACAGACGCUUCCGCAGGAUCGCACCUGCACUGAAGGCCUUCUGACCAGCAAAGUGUGCAAAAGGAAGCUACCUGGCAAGGUGUUGGUUUUCCAAAGGAACGCAAUUUCUGUAUAGUGAAAAAAAAUUGUGAGAGAGAUGUGACACAUCAUCUUUUAGAUUUUUAAACGAGAAAAUUGUAAAAUGUAUUAUAGGAGAUCAAAAUCUUAAGAUUCAUUUUGUAUCGAUAAUUUAGCUAAGCUUAUACUUUAAUAUAUAUUUCUGAAGUUUACCUAAUGUACCAUAGAAAUCAGCAAAUCUGUCAUCAUUUCUACUUCUGUUUACAAAUAUGGUUGUUCACAUCCCAGGUGCCUUCUAUCAAGCAUGUUAGGACUGUCUAGAGCGACGCUGAGAAUGACAGAGGGGUUCCCCUUCUGAGGCGAUAGGAUUCAUUUUCCUGCCACUUGGAGGCAGCUGAUCUGCAUGGCGCGCCCCAGCGCACUCUGGGGUGGUGAUGUCUGAGACUGCUGCGCUGCUCCUCACUGUGUGCAGUCACUAAGGAAAGACUGCGGUGGGAAUCCCAGCACCCGAGUUCAAGUUCUAAUGCUGUCUGCUUGUUUGUGCCACCUUCGGCGAGUGACUCGUGUCUGCAAGCCCCUGAGCCUUCAUUUGUAAAGGGAUAGCUCUUCUGCCUACCUUACACAAAUUCUGUUCUGAGCAUCAGAUCAUAGGAUGCAUUUUAAGUAAAUUUCAAGUAAAAGCACAAAGGUAAGGGACUCUUUGUACCUGUUCUCUCCUCUACAAAUUGAGAUGAUUACCUACCCUCUUGAUAGUCACCAUCUGGCCUGCAACAAGGAUUGUUGGCUUUGAGUUUCUGAUUUGUAAUGGAUAUUUCUUUGUUUUAGAUUUAACAAUUUUAAUAUUUUCCAUACUUGCUUAAUAUGUAAAUGUUUCACAUAUUUAUGCAUACAUAUUGAAUGCUAAUGCACCGUUCAUCGGAAUACAAAGUAGUCCUACUGUGGAUGGAAAACAGUCUGGCUAGUCCUCAACAAUCUAAAAAUAGAUCUUUACCAUAGUACCCAUCUAUUCCACUUUCGGGGAUUAUAUCGAAUGGAAGUAAAGUCAGCAGAGGAAAGAGAGCCCAGUAGUUCACGUUUGUUGCAGUGCUGUUCACAAUAGCCAAGGUGCUGAGUCAGCCGCAGCGUGUGCUUCUGCGAGCAGUCUUGCCCUCUAAGCUUCGCAAGCACCCGAGAAGUUGCUGCAGAGAAUGGAGGACCUGGACUGGGGUACCCGCGUGGUUUGAACCCCAGUAUUUGCGGAACGGAAAAAGCAUUUGCUGGAGCAGUUUUCAGAAGGCUGGCGGCUCUUAAGAACUCCUCAAGAUGAUCUUAGGUAGUUACACACCCAAGUGCCAUGCACAGGUUCACUGCUCUGUAGCAGAAGCAGGCCCAGCAGGGGCCUACGCACCUGCUCACGUCUUCCGGUGUAGAGAUGAGCGCUCCGAAGGGAGUGAAGGAGCGACACCAGGAAGUGCAACAGAAACGACAUGGCUGCGCCAGUGCGGAGAGUCAGUGAUUACAGACUGGGAAAAUGUUAUUUUAGCAUAAAGUGCAGAAGACUAAUGUGUUACAGUUUAGAGUUGUUUCCAAAUAUCUACCUUAUGGGAAUAAAAAUAAUAUUUGGUUAAAGAAUUUCUGAUUAUUUGAAAGUAAUUUGUUCUUACUUAUAUUUGCAUGUAUUAAUG